AUGAUUAACAUAAAAGCAUAUGUUUAUAUUUUAAUAUUUAAUGUUGUACUUUUUUCCAAAUUUGUGCAUUCAUACCAUGUGUUUAAUCUUCGAAAUCCAGACCAAAACUUGAUUGAAUCAGUUACUGAUCAAAGUAAUGGGCCAGUAACCAUAAGAAUGUUUAGAUUUAGACAUGAUUCAAAUGUUACUAGAAUUAUGUUUUUUAAUGAAGUUGUCUGGACUUCUAGGUCAUAUCUAGAGAGAGUUUUGUUUAUUAGACUAAUAAUAUCUUAUGAUAGAGAAAGGUUGAUGGAACUUAAUACAAUAAAUGGUGGAUUUCAUAUUACUCACUACUUUCGUCGGACGACGACUACAUGGAGAUCAAUAACUCAAAGAGGUUUUACAAAUAUUGAAUCUAGUAUUAGAUCUGAGCGUAUUUUAGAUAUAAAAGGGCCUUUGGACCAUGAAACUUUCGAAUAUCACCAUAAUCAAUUGCACGGAUUGGAAUCACACACGUUUGUAGUACGAGAACCAUAUAGUGUACACAAUGUUUCUGACGGUAAUACUUUUGUAUGGUUCGGAAAUAGGAAUUUAAGAUGUCUAGGAGCUAUAGUUCAUGGUACACUUCAACGUCCACAUCUAAUUCAACUGAACCUAAUCAGAGCUAACCGUGAAAGAUCUCGCAUAUACCUUCGUUUUUCAAACGGUGUCUGGUAUCAUAUUACAAGAUCAGCGUUUUACAGAACUCUAGCAAUGUUAGAUGCUGAGGAAGAACAAAGACGCAGGCUUCAAAAUGAUGAAAAUCAAUGA